AUGGAAGUUCCGAUCAAACAUCGAGUGUUUCAAACGUUCAUCCUCUUGAUGGUCCUUGUUCAAUUUUCAAUUGGCUUGGGCAAUUUUGCACGGGAUAUUCGUAAUUUUGGCGGAGCCGGAUCAGGAAACAAAACUUGCGAUCCAAGCAGAGACAAUGAUUGUGACUCUCCAGCCACUGUACCCUCUUCUACAACAAAAGCUCCAAGAUAUCGUAAUAAUACUACCGAGAGUCCUCCACCUACACCACCAUCAUCACCACCAGCCCCAGAAGGAUGUCACAACGAAGGGAAUUCAGCAUGUGAUACUGGCUCUGACAAAUACGAGCAAUUGUAAACCGAACUCAAAAGACUUGAGAUGUCCAGGUAAACCCUUAUUCUGCAAAUUCAAGAAUUUUGAUGCAGCAGAAUGCAAGUGUUCAGAACCACGCGCUAAAGUCUGUAAAGAAGAUUUUGAGUUUGAUGCUCAGAGAGAGUACUGUACGAAAUCGGUCAAACAUCCAAAAGACUUGAGAUGCGAAGGCGAACUCUUAUUCUUCAAAUUCCACUGGAACACAACGGCUUGUCACUGUAUAAACCACCAGCGUGACAGAGUUUGUGCACAUGACUUCCAGUCGGAUGAAGAUAAGAAAUAUCAAUGCAAUAAAAAGCCUACAGACUUGAGAUGCAAAAAACAGAAACUCUACUGCAAAUUUCAUUUGGAUGACAAGGAUUGUCGGUGUUUUGAGUCGAAUCAGAAGGCUUGUAAAAAAGAUUUUCAAUCGCCAGAUGAGAGGGAUCUUCAAUGUAAUUCAUCACAGACUACACCACAGCGCCCGAAAGACUUGAGAUGCAAAGGGAAAAACUGUAUAGCAAAUUCGAACGUGAACCGAGAGAUCGCGUGGAUGAAUGCAAAUGUGAUAAUCUGGAAGAUGAUCGUGUUGCUUGUAAAAAAUAUCCCGAGUUGGACGAGUCUUUCAUUAAUGAUUUCUGUCUCAAAAACGAGAAUGAUCAGAGAUGUCCAGGAGGUUCGAUCUAUUGCGACAACAGCACGCAUUUUCGUAACAGUAGUUGCUUGUGCACAACAGGGAAUGAGACAGUUUGUGAUAAAGUCCUUCCCUUCAAUCAAAAGGCAGCCGUGGUACUAAUGGAACGCAAAAGAAUGCAUCUCUUGAAGAUGAACGAUGUCCAGGAGGAUCCAUAUAUUGUAAAAAUAACUCUUCAUCUCCUGACUGUUUAACCACGAUUGCUCCAUCUGAAGACAACUCCACCACUACUGCAUCCUCGACUGAAGCCACCACAUUCUCGACAACUACUUCCGACGAGAAGACCUCAACGACAGAGAAGACAAAUCCAGGACCAGCACCAGGACCCGGACCAGGACCCUUUGCCUCCUCGCCAUCUCCAAAGGAUGUCACAGCGGAAGCACCGACUCCUCCUAAGACUACGAAGACUACACAAACGCCAGGUCGAACACUGCCGCCGGAAGAAAGGCAAGAAGAAACUGAUCCUCUUGCGAAUGGCCCAUCGAACAUCGAAUCUGACGAGGUGUACAGCAAUAUGACUUGUUCGAUGAACGUCGACAUUUGUGAUGAGAAUUACUGUAAGAAACUUGCUGCUGGAAGGAAGAAGGCUGACAGUGGUGAUGGUGGUGUUCAGUUGUAUCUCUGGAUUGGUCUAGCUUUUCUCCUGGCAAUAAAUGUUGGACUUUUUGCUAAAAACUACAAGAAGUACUUCAAGAAGAAGCGAGCUGCUCCGGUGACUCCAGCUGCUCCGAAACCUGGUGCAAAACUUCGAGAGGCUCAGGCAAAGAAGGAAAUUCUAACGAAGAAAAAGAACAUCGAAGUUCAAAAAGAUGGGACCAAUCUUCAUUCCCAUGGAGCCUGAUAUUCUGCAGGCGCCGGUACUUCCCAACGUUGUUCUGGACAAAGUGUUUUAUGAUCCGACCUACUAUGAGAUGUAUGACAUUGGUUCCGACGUGGAUGACAUCGAGUUGGAUACUUCUUUCAUGGUCGAUCCAAGCACGAUGACGGAGGAAGAGGCCACCAAAAAGAGUAAGAAAAGCAAGAAGAGCUCAAAGAGCAAGAAGAGCACCGACAGCAAGAAGGAAAAUAAGGAUCAGAAGGAAGAGCCGAAGAAGGGAGAAGAUGAGAAGACUAAGGAAGGAUCCAAGCAGAAGAGUAUCGAGAAGGAGAAGAGCGUGGAGAAAGAAAAAUAG